AGCUUGAUGCCUUUGGAAUAUAGGACUGAGGAACCAGGAGCUCCGUGUUAGUAAAUACGGUUGAGGCAGGAGGCAGAAUCAGAACUCGGGUAGAUGUGAAGACAGAGUGUGAGUUAUAGGUGGUGUUAGAGGAUUUGUGAGUAGGGGAGAGCAUGAGAAGAAAAAAAACUUCAUUAUUUCUGCAAUCUGAAUAACCAGAGGCAGUGCUGUUGAUGAGCUGGGAACUGUGGCUAAAAAUCCAUCCUGCUGCUAGUAGCUAGAACACUCACAAGAUCUCAGGAUCCUUGUGGCUCUGGAGGGAGAUGAGCUGUGUAGAGCAUGAUAAUGACUUGAUUUGGGGGAAGUGAUUCUCAGUGGAGAGGGGCUGGGAUCCCACCGCUGGAGGCCCGAUGCCUACUACAUUAGCAGAAGAUGCUUCAGGUGUGAUCUUUGAGAUUUUGGCAGGAAAGGGUUCCUGAUCUUCAGUGUAAAUAUAAAUUUCAAGGCUUAGCCUUGAGCUUGGACCUAUAAAUUCUCUUUUAUUUUAAGAUACAUCAGGUCCUCAAAUAAUGCUGUUUCAUUCCACAUUGUUUAGUUAUAAUGUUGAUGAGAUGCCCUAGGAAUUUAACUCUUGUUAAUGUCAGUUAACCUGUGGUAAAAUGGGGUUUUGUUAUAUAUCGUUUCACUUAAAGUUGCCAAACCUGGAGGCGUUAAGUGAAGACUUACUAUACUUUGGCUCUCACCCUAGGCAUUGUCCACAUAAUUCUUCAUAGAAUGAAUUAUGCUUUUACCCACUUCCCAUUUCAGUUCUGCUGCUCUCCUCUUCUCAUUCUGGUUGGGAAGAGCUCAGGUCGGCUCUGUAACGGUGCCCCACCUCCUGCAUUAUGCUUUUACCAGAGGAGAGGAUCAGAGGACUUCCUGGGUGGCGGUGAUGCCUACAAAUGAGUCUGCAGCAAGCUGGGGCACUUGGUGUUAGUUGUGUGCAAAGGAGAUAUCUCUGCCAAACUCCAGAAUGAGCACAAAGUGCAAAGAAAGGACAGAUGGGGAGAAGAUAACCUAAUAAGUAGCAGGUGCUGUCAGUGGAAGAGAUGUCUCCAGAUUCAAGGAGAGUGGAUUGUCACGGGCCUGGGCUGACUCUGGAGUAGCAGCUGCUAGCACUGUGAGGUCACCACGCAGGGGAGGGACUGUGGCUCAGCUAUAAAUAGUACUGAGAGCCAGAGUAGCUAUGGAGAUAACACUGAAUCCUGUUACCUGCUGGUCCUCUAUUGGGAGCAAGGGAAAGGAGGAGGCAGUAUUUUGAGGAUUUGAGAGACUUGGAUUUUCAGAUAACCACAGGACCACUCCUGGGCACGCUGACUCCUUGCCUGGAGCCCUGCAGCUUCUCUGAGAUGAACUGAUGCAUUGGAGCCAUGGUGCAGAAGAAGAAGUUUUGUCCUCGGUUACUUGACUAUCUGGUGAUCGUAGGUGCCAGGCACCCGAGCAGUGAUAGCGUGGCCCAGACUCCGGAGCUGCUGCGGCGGUACCCCCUGGAGGACCACACCGAGUUUCCCCUGCCCCCCGACGUCGUGUUUUUCUGCCAGCCAGAGGGCUGUCUGAGCGUGCGGCAGCGGCGCAUGAGCCUGCGCGAUGACACCUCUUUUGUCUUCACCCUCACGGACAAGGACACUGGGGUCACCCGUUAUGGCAUCUGUGUUAACUUCUACCGCUCCUUCCAGAAGCGAAUGCCCAAGGAAAAAGGAGAGGCUGGGGCAGGGUCCCGUGGGAAGGAAGGACCCCGGGCCGCCUGUGCCUCAGAAGAGGUGGGCCCCGAGGGCUCGGAGAGCGGCUCGUCCCUGCAGCCUCCCAGCGCCGACUCCACCCCUGAUGUGAACCAGUCUCCUCGGGGAAAGCACCGGGCCAAGGCGGGGAGCCGUUCCCGCAACAGCACUCUGACGUCCCUCUGUGUGCUCAGCCACUACCCCUUCUUCUCCACCUUCCGGGAGUGUCUGUACACCCUCAAGCGCCUGGUGGACUGCUGUAGCGAGCGGCUGCUGGGCAAGAAACUGGGCAUCCCCCGAGGCAUCCAAAGGGACACCAUGUGGCGCAUCUUCACCGGGUCAUUGCUAGUGGAGGAGAAGUCAAAUGCCCUCCUGCACGACCUUCGAGAGAUCGAGGCCUGGAUCUAUCGACUGCUGCGCUCCCCAGUACCCAUCUCGGGGCAGAAGCGAGUAGACAUCGAGGUCCUGCCCCAGGAGCUCCAGCAAGCGCUGACCUUUGCUCUUCCAGACCCCUCUCGAUUCAGCCUGGUGGAUUUCCCACUGCACCUGCCCUUGGAACUUCUGGGUGUGGACGCCUGCCUUCAGGUGCUCACCUGCAUCCUGUUAGAGCACAAGGUGGUGCUGCAGUCCCGGGACUACAACGCCCUCUCCAUGUCCGUGAUGGCGUUUGUGGCCAUGGUCUACCCCCUGGAGUAUAUGUUUCCUGUUAUCCCCCUGCUGCCCACCUGCAUGGCGUCGGCAGAGCAGCUGCUGUUGGCUCCGACGCCGUACAUCAUCGGGGUCCCCGCCAGCUUCUUCCUCUAUAAACUGGACUUCAAAAUGCCUGACGACGUGUGGCUGGUGGAUCUGGACAGCAGCAGGGUGAUCGCCCCCACCAACGCAGAGGUGCUCCCUGUCCUUCCAGAGCCAGAGUCACUGGAGCUGAAAAAACAUUUGAAGCAGGCCCUCGCCAGCAUGAGUCUCAACACCCAGCCGAUCCUCAAUCUGGAGAAAUUCCACGAGGGCCAGGAGAUCCCCCUGCUCUUGGGAAGGCCUUCCAGCGACCUGCAGUCCACCCCUUCCACCGAGUUCAACCCACUCAUCUACGGCAACGAUGUGGACUCCGUGGAUGUCGCCACCAGAGUGGCCAUGGUCCGUUUCUUCAACUCCCCCAACGUGCUGCAGGGCUUUCAGAUGCACACACGUACCCUGCGCCUCUUCCCUCGGCCUGUGGUGGCUUUCCAGGCGGGCUCCUUUCUAGCCUCACGUCCCCGGCAGACUCCUUUCGCUGAGAAACUGGCCAGGACUCAGGCGGUGGAGUACUUUGGGGAAUGGAUCCUCAACCCCACCAACUAUGCCUUUCAGCGCAUUCACAACAACAUGUUUGAUCCGGCCCUGAUCGGCGACAAGCCAAAGUGGUACGCACACCAGCUGCAGCCCAUCCACUACCGUGUCUACGAUGGCAAUUCCCAGCUGGCCGAGGCACUGAGUGUGCCGCCGGAGCGUGACUCUGACUCUGACCCUACCGAUGACAGUGGCAGUGACAGUAUGGAUUACGAUGACUCCAGCUCUUCCUACUCCUCCCUUGGUGACUUUGUCAGUGAAAUGAUGAAAUGUGACAUCAAUGGUGAUACUCCAAGUGUGGACCCUCUGACCCACGCGGCCCUGGGGGACGCCAGUGAGGUGGAGAUUGAGGAGCUGCAGAGCCAGAAGGAGGCGGAGGAGCCCGGCCCCGACAGUGAGAAUUGGCAGGACAACCCCCCGCCGCGCUCCAGCUCCAGCACCACCGCCAGCAGCAGCCCCAGCACCGUCGUCCACGGAGCCAGCUCUGAACCUGCUGAUGCGACAGAGACGGGUGACAAGGUGGCAGCAGGCGUCUCCAAGCCCCCACCUGCCGUGCCCCCCGGCGUUGGCAGACCGAAUGUGGACAGGCGGCAGGCGGAAACCGGAGAGGGGUCAGUGCGCCGGCGCACCUAUGACAAUCCGUACUUCGAGCCCCAGUAUGGCUUUCCCCCUGAGGAAGAGGAUGAUGACCAGGGGGAAAGUUACACUCCCCGAUUCAGCCAGCAUGGCAGUGGCAGUCGGGCUCAGAAGCUGCUGCGGCCCAACAGCCUGAAACUGGCAAGCGACUCAGACGCAGAAUCAGACUCCCGAGCGAGCUCGCCCACCUCCACCGUCUCCAACACCAGCACCGAGGGCUUUGGGGGCAUCAUGUCUUUUGCCAGCAGCCUGUAUCGGAACCACAGUACCAGCUUCAGUCUUUCUAACCUCACGCUGCCCACCAAAGGAGCCCGGGAGAAGACCACGCCCUUCCCUAGCCUCAAAGGAAACCGGAGGGCCUUGGUGGACCAGAAGUCGUCUGUCAUUAGACACAGCCCGACAGUGAAGAGGGAACCUCCGUCACCCCAGGGUCGAUCCAGCAAUUCUAGUGAGAACCAGCAGUUCCUGAAGGAGGUGGUGCACAGCGUGCUGGACGGCCAGGGCGUUGGCUGGCUCAACAUGAAGAAGGUGCGGCGGCUGCUGGAGAGCGAGCAGCUGCGGGUCUUUGUCCUGAGCAAGCUGAAUCGCGCGGUGCAGUCAGAGGACGACGCCCGGCAGGACAUCAUCCCGGAUGUGGAGAUCAGUCGGAAGGUGUACAAGGGAAUGUUAGACCUGCUCAAGUGCACGGUGCUCAGCCUGGAGCAGUCGUACGCCCACGCAGGUCUCGGUGGCAUGGCCAGCAUCUUCGGGCUCCUGGAGAUCGCUCAGACCCACUACUACAGCAAAGAAGCAGACAAGCGGAAGAGGAGUCCAACAGAGAGUGUGAAUACACCGGUGGGCAAGGACGCCGGCCUGGCUGGCCAGGGCGACCCGAAGGCAAUGGCCCAGCUGAGAGUCCCCCAGCUGGGGCCUCGGGCACCAACGGCUGCAGGAAAGGGCCCGAAGGAAGUGGACACCAGAAGUUUAAAGGAAGAGAAUUUUGUAGCAUCUAUUGAAUUGUGGAACAAGCACCGGGAAAUGAAAAACCAAAAAGCUAUGGAAAAACAGAGGCCUGAAGCGGUCAGACCCGUCCUUGACCUUGGUGAGACAGAGGAGAAAAAGUCCCAGGUCAGCGCAGACAGUGGCGUGAGCCUGACGUCAGCUUCCCAGAGGACCGGCCCAGACCCUGUCAUUGGCGUGAGUCCGGCGGUUAUGAUCCGAAGCUCGAGUCAGGAUUCUGAAGUUAGCACCGUGGUGAGUAACAGUUCUGGAGAGACCCUCGGAGCAGACAGUGACUUGAGCAGCAAUGCAGGCGAUGGACCAGGGGGCGAGGGAAGCACCCACUUGACAAGCUCUCGGGGCACUUUGUCUGAUAGUGAAAUUGAGACCAACUCUGCCACCAGUGCCAUCUUUGGUAAAGCCCACAGCUUGAAGCCAAGUGUAAAGGAGAAGCUGGUGGGCAGCCCGGUUCGCUGUUCUGAAGACGUGAGCCAGCGAGUCUAUCUCUACGAGGGACUCCUAGGAAGGGACAAAGGAUCGAUGUGGGACCAGUUAGAGGAUGCUGCUAUGGAGACCUUUUCUAUAAGCAAAGAGCGUUCUACUUUAUGGGACCAAAUGCAGUUCUGGGAAGAUGCGUUCCUCGAUGCCGUGAUGUUGGAGAGAGAAGGGAUGGGUAUGGACCAGGGUCCCCAGGAAAUGAUAGACAGGUACCUGUCACUGGGAGAACAUGACCGGAAGCGCCUCGAGGAUGACGAGGAUCGUUUGCUGGCCACGCUUUUGCACAACCUCAUCUCCUACAUGCUGCUGAUGAAGGUGAACAAGAACGACAUCCGGAAGAAGGUGAGGCGCCUCAUGGGAAAGUCGCACAUUGGGCUCCUGCACAGCCAGCAGAUCAACGAGGUGCUUGACCAGCUGGCGACCCUGAACGGCCGUGACCUCUCUAUCCGGUCCAGUGGCAGCCGGCACAUGAAGAAGCAGACGUUCGUGGUGCAUGCGGGGACAGACACAAAUGGAGAUCUGUUUUUCAUGGAGGUGUGCGACGACUGCGUGGUGCUGCGCAGCCACAUCGGGACCGUGUACGAGCGCUGGUGGUACGAGAAGCUCAUCAACAUGACCUACUGCCCCAAGACCAAGGUGCUGUGCCUGUGGCGCAGAAACGGCUCCGAGACCCAGCUCAACAAGUUCUACACUAAGAAGUGCCGGGAGCUGUACUACUGUGUGAAGGACAGCAUGGAGCGCGCCGCCGCCCGGCAGCAAAGCAUCAAACCUGGGCCUGAACUAGGCGGCGAGUUCCCUGUGCAAGACAUGAAGACCGGCGAGGGUGGCUUGCUGCAGGUCACCCUGGAAGGGAUCAAUCUCAAGUUCAUGCACAACCAGGUUUUCAUAGAGCUGAAUCACAUUAAAAAGUGCAAUACAGUCCGAGGAGUCUUUGUCCUGGAGGAAUUUGUUCCUGAAAUUAAAGAAGUGGUGAGCCACAAGUACAAGACACCAAUGGCCCACGAGAUCUGCUACUCCGUGUUGUGUCUCUUCUCAUACGUCGCUGCAGUUCGCAGCAGUGAGGAAGAUCUCAGAACCCCUCCCCGGCCCGUCUCUAGCUGAUGGAGGGGGUUAAGGCUGCCCUGGCCCCAGGGGACACCCCUUGCCUCUCGCUGUUCCCAACUGCACGGUGCUGCCGGGAUGAGAAGUGGGUGACGUGUGUUAUGUUCUCUGCAAACCCCUCUCCGAGGCUUGGCCGGUCCCUGGUUAAGUGUCUCCGUUGGUGUGUUAGUGUGUCCAUCACAGGGCUAAACGAGUCCUUUCCACCAGUGCCCCCUUGGCUCCCAGAAGACCAGUCUACUGUUCUCAGGGCUCAAGAGUGAGUGAGUGUGUGUGUGAGUGUGCACGUGUGCAGGUGUGUGUGUCUGUCGUUCGUUGGGCCAGUGGCUUCUGAGAACUCUGAGGACAGGCCCGUGAGAGCCCACUGCUUCACGUCUUCGAGACACUUGUGUUGUGGUCCCUUGUCCUUGGCAGUCUGACCCUACAGCUGGGUGCCUGGAGCAGUCCCACUCUGGGGAACAAGGGAAUUUUGAGGCCUGUGCUCCCCGACGAGGGCCAGGCAGGGAGAGGAGGCGGUCAAGGGCGGCCGAGGGAGCGGCCACCGCCCUGCCCCCGCAGUCUCUGGCUAAGCUGGCGGCUCCUCCUGCGGGCCCCAAGCGUCUGUCUGCUGCCCACAGG